AUGCCGUCGAGAGGUUAUCGAAACGCUGCCCUCGUGGUAUUGGCGCUCAUCGUAUACACGGCGUUCGCACAAGAAAGCAAGUCCAAAUUCACAGGAGUCGAUGUAGCCACAGAUGUCGGAUCCCUGAGCACACAGGAGAUUGAGGAGCAACUCCAGCAAUGUCCCAUAAUCGAAGCACUCGCCGCACACAAGACACUCCACGAACCAGUUACCUCAUCAUGGCUUCAACAAUCCUUCAAAGUGCUCUUCCCAUUCGCCUCGCCCGCUCUCAAUGCCUUGAUGGGUACAUUGUACAUCUCUGGCCCUCCGAAUUUCCUGCUUGCGCUAUGCCCUCCAAAUAUUGAUCCAGCGAGUCUGAACAUCAUGGUCGCGUUCGCGGUAGGAGGAUUGCUCGGAGACACACUCUUCCACUUACUGCCUGAGAUCUUCUUAGGAGAAGUGCCCGAAGGCGAAGUCAGAGCUGUUCUCGUCGAGCCGAAUAAGAACCUGCUGCUGGGAGUUGCGAUCAUGGUCGGCUUCGUGACAUUCGUGGCCAUGGAUAAAGGCUUGCGGAUUGCGACUGGUGGCGAAGGACAUACGCAUGAUCAUGGCAGUAGCCAGUCAAAUGGACAUGCGAUUGGCGAGAGUACUGCUGUCUCAGGGAAGGAGAGUGGUCCGCUUAAGCAGAGGAAGAAGGAGAUCAAGGAUGUGGUAAAAGUUGCUGAGCAGGAACAGCCGAAGAAGGAGGUCAAGCUUUCAGCGUACUUGAACAUCAUUGCUGACUUCACGCACAACAUCACAGAUGGUUUGGCGAUGUCUUCGUCGUUCUACGCCAGUCCGACGAUCGGUGCGACGACAACUUUGGCUGUAUUCUGUCAUGAGAUUCCUCAUGAGGUUGGCGAUUUCGCCCUACUGAUCCAGGGAGGUAUGAGCAAGAAGAUGGCAAUGGGUCUUCAAUUCGUCACGGCGCUGGGUGCUGUGCUGGGGACGAUCAUUGGUAUUGCUGUACAGGAGCUUGGCGGAAACAGUGCUUCCGUGGUGUCUGAGGCUGCCAUUGGCAACACUGGCAUUUUUGGUACUAGUCUACAGGGGGGAGAUAUGCUCUUGCCAUUCACAGCAGGCACGUUCCUCUAUGUAGGUACCGUUGGUGUCAUUCCUGAGAUUCUGGAGACAGGUCCGAAUAGGAUGAAGGAGCUGAAGAGUACGGCGUUGCAAUUCCUCGCCAUGGCGGCGGGUGCUGGUAUUAUGCUUGGGUAUGUUUGA